AUGUCAGAUGUAACCACAACGACAACGAGUGAAUCAACAAUUAUGAUGUCUCCAGACUUGACCAAUUCAAGAGAGUCUACCACCACCACCACCACUACAACUACCACGUCAACAAAUUCAACCAAUUCAACAGAUUCCACAAAUUUCACAAACUCUACUAAUUCAACCAAUUCACAUAAUUCAACCAAUUCAACGCCAACAACAAACACACCAGCAACAUCGACUUCAACUAGUGAUGAUUCUGAAAGUGUAGAUUCAGAAGUUAAGGAAUUAAUAAAAGGUCGAGAAAGCUUAACUUUUGGACCUGAAGCAUUAACAAACAACAACAGUACAAAAAGGCAACAACUGCAAAAAGACGGCAAGAGUUCCAGUGUCGAUUUAACUGUAACUUCAUCGUCCAAUAUGCUGUCAAUUAGUCACGGACAUGGACAUGGACAUGGGCAUGGCCCCAGCCCUUUUCAUUAUGGAAACUAUGUUCGACUAACUGAUCAACAAGGAAAUAUAUUUAUCUUGCAUCCUAAUGGGUAUGUCACUCCAGUAAGACAGAUAACUGGACAUAUAGGUGGUUUGGGAUAUACUAAUAUGUUGACACAACAACUCUAUGCUCAAAAUUCAAGCCAAAGCUUUGCUGCUAUACCACCACCACCUUUAAUACAUCAACAAUCACAUCAAGCUCAUCAAGAUCCAAAUGGUGUGGAUACCAACACUAAUGGUGGACAUGAAUCAUCAUCCAGGGCGAUGAUGAUGAUGUCGACUUCAGGUUCAGUUGCCGGUCAUCCACCACCCCCAGGCUUAACAAUGACACCAUCAACAACAUCCUCAAUGAGGUCACCAUACAGGAAAAACAUCCGAAAGUUCAGACAUUUGGGAAGCAGUAGCUUCAGACGUGGUGGUAUUGGCGGAGGUGCAGGUGUAAAUGCACGUAAAUCAAAUUUACAUGAGGUGCAAAAUUCCAUAUUGACAUUGGCGCAAUUUUGCGGUGAUUUGGAUUUGGGUACGACUAAUAGAUUUGGCAAUUUGGAUUCAACGUCAAUUAUUAUUAAUCUGAGUAGUGCCAAUACUAGUUCAAGAUCGAGUUAUAGAAGUGUUUUGCAUCUCAAACCUAAAUAA